AUGUCUGAAAUAACCAUUGGAGAUGGGAAGCCCGGCUUGUCAUCAACAGCCACGCUGGAAUCCACAAUCACUGUCAUGGAUUAUGGGGCCAUAGGGGAUGGAAAAACUGAUGACUCAAAAGCAUUUUUAUCGGCAUGGGAAGCAGCUUGUAGUAACACGGGUACUCCUACAGUUGCAGUACCUAGUGGGAAGUCCUUUUUGAUCUCUCAGGCUGAAUUUCAAGGUCCCUGCCAGGCAUCCAACAUAACAUUUCAGAUAUUAGGAGCUAUUAUUGCACCGACAAAACAACAGUGGACAAGUAAUUUUGAGGGUUGGAUUAGAUUCACUGGAGUGAAUGGGCUUCACAUUGCAGGAAAUGGUCAGGGAUCCUUUAAUGGACAAGGGCAGUCAUGGUGGAGUAACACUGGGGACAAACGACCAUCUGCAAUCCGAUUUUCAAAGUGUGACAACCUAAAAGUCACCGGAUUGAAGCAUGAAAACAGCCAAAAGAACCACCUCUCUGUAACAAAUUGUAAUCAUGCUGAAAUAUCAGGACUAGAAAUGACAGCCCCAGAUUCAAGUCCUAACACUGAUGGCAUUGACAUAAGUUCUUCAACUUAUAUAAUUAUCACAAACUGUACCUUUAAAACAGGGGAUGACUGUAUAGCAAUCAAUGGAGGUUGUUCAAAUGUACAUGUAUCUGACGUAAACUGUGGUCCUGGACAUGGCAUAAGUAUUGGGAGUUUGGGGGAGAAUGGAGAGCAUGAAGAAGUAGAAACUAUAAGUGUAGAUAAGUGCAAUUUCUAUGGCACAACAAAUGGAGCAAGGAUCAAGACGUGGCAGGGAGGCUCGGGUUUUGCUAGGAACAUCAACUUUACCAACUUAAACUUCACAGAAACUGAAAAUCCAGUAAUCAUUGAUCAAUUUUACUGCCCUGAGCACAAUUGUCCCCCUAAUAAUCCUGCUGUGAAAAUAAGUGAUGUACAAUUUAGAGGGCUAUAUGGAACGUCUAGCUGUAAGACUCCCACUAUCAAUAUCAAGUGCAGCGAAAAGGAACCUUGCACCAACAUCCAACUCGAAGAUGUAAAUAUAAAAUCAGCCGAUCCAAAAUGUUCAGCCACUGCAGAGUGCAUCAACACCAUUGGAACAAUUGCCCAUACAUCAAGCCCGCUAGUCAAUUGUUCGACUCCUUCUACAUGGCAAAAGCCAACUACUUUUUAG